UAGGAAAGGAGGAUAACAGUGAUUCUAGUGAUGGAGUAAUUUAUCGUUUGUACAGGGCCACCGAGUGUAAUAAGCGACGCGUUCUGCCAGUAGCUAACCAAUUUUGAUUCAUUAAUAGGUCGACCUGUAUGACCUAAAGUGUCGGAGACUGCUAAACGAAUUAAUUUACCCACAUUCUUUUAGUGCGAAUACUCAAUAUGUGUGCCUUUCUUACACAGAAACAAAAUUUUGUUUAUUCUCAAUUGUGAUUAUUUUUAUCCGUGAGUUAUCUCUAUCAGUUGCAUACAUAACGUUGUCUGCAUCGAAUGGAAAACAAUACAACUUAAAAAUUACUUCGCAAUGUAGAAGAAUUUUUUGCCAGUUUUAUUAUAAAACUGUGCAAAAUGAAGUGAAACACGGCAAUGUAUGUUCGAGCUAUGUUCGAGAAUGCAGUGGUUUGCCAUAAUGAUGUGUUUAUAUGCUGGUGUAGCGAGUGCAAGGACAGAAGAAGAUCAACAAACAUCCUCUUCAACUUCAAUUAUUGGGAUAUCUGAUGGUCUUUUAGAACAAUGCUUUUACCGGCAAUCCAGUGAAUGUCCUGAUGUUAAAACAACUCGAUGUUCUUGUAAGAAAAUUGUUCUAGCCCAUAAUAAUCCUGAGGGGAAUGCUGUACUUUGUUGCAACUUGGAUGUUCAGAACUUUGAAUCAGAACUUUCCUGUGCAGGAUUUCCAUCAAACAUAUCGUACAUACAUAUAAGAAAUGCAACAUUGGAUGUAUUCAAUGUAAGUGAAAUUCGGUGGAGAAGGCUAAAGUCACUUGCAAUUACCGAUGGUAAAAUUAAUAGAGUGAAGGGACAGUUUCGAAUGAUGACACCAACAGUUUGCUUGAAUCUUUCAAACAAUGCUCUCAUCGAAGUAGAAAAUAAUUCACUUACCCGAUUAGCUCAACUUACUACUUUGGAUUUGUCUUAUAAUAAUCUUACACAUUUACCAGCCUUAAAUACAAUGAAUGGCCGAGAAUUUUGGCUUGAUAUUUCAGGAACAAAUACACUUUGGUGUCAUGACAUUUACCAAUAUAUUAAUAAAACAGGAGAAAAGCAAAUUAAUUUCAAUCAUGAAAAUGAAACUGUAUGUUCAGCUAGUAAGACUUGGCAUUGGUUCAACACUACAGAACAAGUUCCAUUGAAACAAGUUCGAUAUCUUAGUCUGUUGCAAACAGAAUGUCCAAAAGGUGAUACAUGGCAAUGUCAAUGCAACUUCAGAAGAUUAGAUAUUGUCGAAGGUAAACCACCGACUUUAGCGGUAAAUGUAGAUUGUAGCGGAAUUCAAAUUACCGAAUUACCUGAAAAAUUACCUCGCAAUACUAUAGCCCUGAAUGUAUCACAUAAUAAUAUCACUGCAUUAGAUGAUCUGAGUACCAAUCCAUGUUAUGAAGAUAUAAGAGAGUUUUAUGCAGACUAUAAUCAUAUAUCGUCCAUAAAUAAAUUAGAAGGGUCCAAAUUUUUAGAUAAUUAUGCUUUACUUAGUUUACGAUACAAUAAAAUUAAAUCUCUUCCAACGUACAUUUUGAGCCCUAAUACUCAUGACAAAAGUUUUAUCAGUUCGCGAUUAGUAAAGCUUGGAGGAAAUGAAUUACAUUGUGAUUGUAACACAGCCAAGUACCUAAAGGUAUGGUUACAAACUCGCAUAUUAGAUUCUGAUGAAGUAUUGUGCGAAAAUGUAAAGGAAAAAGUUGUUGACUUAGAACCUUCAAAAAUGUGCGUUUAUCCUGGUGAUUGGACAGAUUAUAUUUAUUAUAUUAUUGCUACAGAAGUCGUGCUAUUAAUAAGCUUGAUAGCUAAAGUAUCUUAUGAUUAUUGGAUUUUUAAAACGGCAGGUUAUCUUCCAUGGCCAGCAAAUAAAAUGCCGAAACUACCUUGUGAUUGGCUAUGUGAAACCUAAUAAUAUAUUUUUUAUAUUUCAUUUGUACCGUAUGUUUUACUGAAAGAAAAUGAAUUUUAAUAUUUCUAUAAAAUAAAAAAACAUGUAUGUUCUUAUGCAUAUGUAAAAUAUACACAAAUAGGGUAUGAAAUGUUUUAACUGAUGUGUAUAUUAACUUACGUGUAUAUUGUACAAAAAUAUAUAAUUACUUAAAUGGUAAAUACAUAGUAGUCAAAUACAAUUACUCAAAUUUCAAAAUUUUAAAUAAAAGAAAUGAGCUAGUGCCAUGA